CUUGCGACAAAAGCUACCGUAUACAAAGCGGCGAAAGCGCAAAACUCCGACGGGAGACGCGAAACCUUUUUUCCCCAUUACUUUCUUAGGAAGAAGAGAGAAGAGACUCAAAAAUAGUUCGUAAUCGAUCGGAAAAGCAGCAAUGGUGGACGACAAGUCGGUUAUGGCGGUGGUCAGGGCUGCCAGACCGUCCUUUCGCAACAUUCAAGACAAGAUUGCCUUUGCUGUUCACGCCUCCUUCCUAGCUUCCGGCUACGUUCUCACUGCCACCGGACCCUCCGCCUUCUCCGACACGGCUCUUUCCUCUCCCUCUACUGAUGAGGUCGGUAUGGACCAGUGGAACGAGCUAGACGACGAGUACGCUUUCGUAUACACGAACCCUGAUACGGGUUCGAAGAAGGUGCUCGUCAAGUGCCUUGCGAUGGAUGAUAAAUUGCUAGUGGACGCUCUUGCUGACGGGGCUUCCGAACCGGUCCAUCUCGAAAUUAGUGUUGAAGACUUUGCUGGAGAAAAUGGGGGUACCAAUUAUUCUGCGCAAUAUAAGAAUCUGGCGGAGCUGGUGAAGAAACUGGAUACCGAAGUCCUUUCUAAAUUAGAUGAAUCCUCACUACCCAGUUCAUCAAAUAAUGCUUCAAGCUUGGAGACCAGUGAAACAAGGAGUGACAUUAGCACUGGUGUUCCAAUUGGUGGACGUUCAAGCCCUGAAACUCAUCCUACAGGAAUCAUAUAUCCCCCUAUUAAUCCCAGUGGUGGUAGUGAUCUUUUUCCUGGGCCUGGUGCUGGAAUGUACCCAACCAGGGGUGCUUUUGGAGCCGGUGGGAGCAUGCUUGUAGGACCUAAUGAUCCUCGCUGGUUUGGCGGAAUUGCAGGAGACCCUGGUUUCCCUGGAGGACUGUCGAGUGUUCCUCCGGGUGCUCGUUUUGAUCCCUAUGGCCCACCUGGCGUUCCUGGUUUUGAGCCUAAUCGGUUUGCGAGAGGCCCUAGAAGACCUGGGAGUGGGCCACAUCCAGACCUGCAACCCUUUGGGGGGGAUUCGGAUUUCAUUUAGCUGAUGGAGCUCUGUUUCGAUAAACUUUGUUUUCUUGUUCCUCUUUCCUUGGGAUUUCAGCUCCCAUGGAAACAUGGAAAGGAUGCUGACAUAUGGUUUUCUUUUUUUUUUCUUUUUUUGGGUGCGGGUGGGGUUCAUUUGGCUAAGAGACAGUGUGUAUAUAUGAUUAUUUUGUGUGGUAUUUAGUAUUUUGGUCAUUUAAAUUUAGUUUUCAA